AGCUUCAUACCCGCAACUUAUUUGCACUAUGCACUACAUACCUUGAUGACGUCAUUCUUCUCUUUUUUUUAAGCCUACUAUGCUUCCAUUUCCAACCUACUACUGCUGCUGCUGCUGCACCUCCAACCAACGAGACCGAUCGUUUGGCUUUGCUCAAAAUCAAAGAAUUGAUAGCCAUUAACCCAUUUCACAGCUUGAGCUCUUGGAAUGAUUCUAUCCACUUCUGCAGAUGGCAGGGAAUUACAUGCGGCCGUAAGCAUCAAAGAGUCACGGCCUUGUACCUGCCUGGCUAUGCCUUGGGUGGAUCCAUAUCACCUUACAUGGCCAACCUCAGCUUUCUCAGGGUGGUCAACCUCCGAGACAACUUCUUACACGGCGAAAUUCCACAAGAAGUUACUCAUUUGUUCCGCCUGCAAAAUCUCAAUCUUAGCAAUAACGUGUUAACAGGAAAAGUUCCAAGCAACUUCACCAACUGCCCUGAACUCAGAGUCAUGGACUUCAAAAGGAACAAGCUUACUGGGAAUAUUCCAAUUGAGCUGGGCUCUUUGAAGAAGCUUGUCAGGCUUCAGUUUUACCAAAAUAAUUUGACAGGAGGCAUCCCACCUUCUCUGGGAAAUGCUUCUUCACUCCGAGCACUCGAAAUGUCGUUUAAUAAUUUUGUGGGAAAUAUUCCAAAUGAGAUAGGCCAUUUGAAGAGUUUGUUUUUCUUCGGAGCUGGGAGCAAUAAUCUGUCCGGUACGAUCCCUUUUGCCCUUUACAAUAUAUCAACUAUGAUCAUCAUCUCAAUUGCUGCUAACCGACUUAACGGCACUCUUCCAGCCAACAUAGGCCUCACUCUCCCUAUUCUCCAAUAUUUGUCCAUCAAUUCUAAUCAAUUCUCUGGUCCAAUCCCAGUUUCAAUAUCCAACGCUUCUUGGCUUGAAUUUCUUGAUCUCUCCAGAAACAAUUUCGUGGGAAAAGUUCCAACUGAUCUAGGAAACCUCUUAUAUGUCCAGAUACUAGGUGUUGGUGCAAAUAAUCUUGGAAGUAAUUCAACCAAGGAUUUGGAUUUCUUAACAUCUUUGGGAAACUGCACCAACCUGGUAGAGCUAGCUUUUGCUGACAACAAUUUUGGAGGUAGUUUUCCUAACUCUAUAGGAAAUUUGUCGAAGCAACUUAGUGCUUUAUAUAUGGGUGCCAAUCAAAUAUUUGGUACUAUUCCUGAAGCAUUAGAGAAUCUCAUCAAUUUAAGUAUCCUCGACAUGCCGGAAAACCUAUUCACAGGUACCAUUCCCACUUAUUUUGGAAAGUUACAGAAGCUGCAAGAAUUGUCUUUGUUUGGAAACAUAUUGUCGGGGGAUAUACCAUCAUCUCUAGGCAACCUCACUCGAUUGGUCGAUCUUAAUUUAUAUCAGAACAAAUUGGAAGGAAGCAUUCCAUCAAGUUUUGGAAACUGCAAGAGUUUGCAGCUCUUAAAUAUUUCAAAAAAUAACCUUAGCGGAGCCAUACCCGAAACGAGUCUUUCUUCCCAAUUACUAAGACUCGACUUAUCACAAAACUCAUUAACGGGCAUCCUACCUAUGGAAGUAGGCAAUUUGAAAAAUAUUUACUAUUUUGAUGUCUCUGAAAACAAUUUCCUUGGUGAGAUUCCUGAAACCAUUGGAAAUUGCUUGAGUUUGCAGAAUCUUUACUUGCAAGGUAAUUCCUUUGAAGGAAACCUUCCUCCAUCUUUGGCAUCCUUGAAAAACCUUCACUAUGCAAAUCUUUCACAAAACAACUUUUCGGGAAUAAUUCCUAAAGACCUACAGAAAAUUUCUGUUCUACUGUAUUUGAAUCUUUCAUUUAACAAUUUGGUGGGAGAGGUACCAACCGAGGGGGUUUUUCGAAAUACAAGUGGAAUAUCAGUGAUAGGAAAUAAAAAGCUUUGUGGAGGUAUCCCAGAACUAAAACUACAAGCAUGCCAUGUCAAAGUUAUGAAGGAAGGAAAAUCUCAUGUAUUCAAAUUAACUGCCAUAAUUGUUAGUGGGGUUUUAUGUUUUAUUCUAUUUUCAUCAUUUCUUGUCCUUUAUAUGACGAGGAAAUCAAAAAAAGAAUCAUCUUCUACACUCCCCAAAACCAACUUUCUUUCAAAUGUUUCGUACAAGGAGCUUUAUCAAACUACUGAUGGAUUUUCUCCUACCAAUUUAAUUGGAUCUGGUAGUUUUGGCUCCGUAUAUAAAGGAAUUCUUACUCAGGAAAAAAGAAUGGUUGCUGUGAAAGUGUUAAACCUUCAACAAAAAGGAGCAUCCAAGAGUUUCAUGGCUGAAUGCAAUGCGUUAAGAAAUAUACGGCAUCGAAAUCUUGUAAAGAUCUUAACUUGUUGCUCAAGCGUGGACUAUAAAGGCAAUGAAUUCAAAGCACUGGUUUACGAAUUCAUGGCAAAUGGAAACUUAGACAAGUGGCUACACCAUGAUAGAGAGAAUGAAAGUCCACAAAGAUAUUUGAAUCUCCUUCAAAGACUAAAUAUUGCGAUUGAUGUAGCUUCUUCUCUACAUUAUCUGCAUGAUCAUUGUGAAACACCAAUCAUUCAUUGUGAUUUGAAGCCAAGCAAUGUUCUACUUGACGAUGACAUGAUUGCUAAAGUAAGUGAUUUUGGUUUGGCAAGGAUCCUCUUUGCAACAAAUGAUGAUUCUCAAAAUCAAACUAGCACAGUUGGAAUAAAGGGUACUAUUGGUUACGCUGCUCCAGAGUAUGGAAUUGGUGGUGAGGCAUCAGCACAAGGAGAUGUCUAUAGCUAUGGGAUUUUUUUGUUGGAGAUGUUCACAGGAAAGAGACCCACCGACAAAAUGUUUAAAGAUGGUUUCAACCUUCAUAACUUUGUUAAAAUGGCAUCAACAGAAAAACUUGUUCAAGUUGUAGACCCAAAUCUUCUCACAAGAGAAGUGGAAGAUUUAGAAGUGGCAACAGAAGAUGGCUACAACAACGAUGAUCACAAUGAUAUUGAGGCAGUAGAAGAAAGAGUCCUUAUUGAGAACCUAAGCCAUAUGAAUUCUAAUGUGCAAAAGUGCCUACUUUCAAUUUUCAAGAUCAGCCUUGCUUGUUCAUUAGCAGCCCCAAAUGAAAGAAUAAAGAUGGAAGAUGUCACUAGGGAACUACUUCGGAUCAAAACAGAUUUUCUACAAGUCAGGAUCCAUGAAUAAGGACCAAGUAAGGAAACGGAGCUUUGUGAAGAAGUAUGGUUGCAGAAAAGUCUCUUUUGUAAUGCCCAUGUUUUUUUUUUUAGUUGCUUUUUAAAAAUUUGGACACUAAUGACCCGAAUGCUUAUAGUGUGUUGAGCUAGCACGGUUUGGCUGUUUGAGCGCGUAUGUGUUUUGUUGGAAUAAAUCAAACCAGCUUUUGAUCUACA